AUGGGUAAAGAUAUAACUAAUAUUUAUAAUUCAACGAAUGAAACUAUUAAAAUUUGUUUGUUGGAUACGAAGAGUAAUACAACUGAUGAAAUAAUAUCGGCUGGUGAAACAUGGGGUAGAAAAACCAAUUAUGCUUGGAAUACAGUUGGUAUAUUACUAUUGAAUUCUGAUCAAAAUACAUUUUCAUACACUCUCGCAUCUAAUAUGAGUUUAGUUAUUAAAAGAAAAUUAGGACAAUUAAUAUUACUUCCAUUUGACAAAUCUCUUAAAUAUGAAAUGGAUGUUACAUUUGAGAGUCAUCGGUGUUGGGAUCGUACCAAAGGGGUGGAUGCUUUUUGCUACUGGACAGGAUGUAUAGUUUUCAACGAAUCUAAUGAACCAAUAAAAGUUUGCGUUACUGAUUAUAAUCAACGUAAUACUCAUAUAAUUUAA